GAUUUUGUUAAAGACGACCCGACCUUUACCACCAAAAUGACUGCCCGAGGCUUUAUUGAAGGAGGCAUCCAAAUCAUGGAGCUGUACCACCAGUUUAAGGAUCACGCAGACGGUCAAGGCUUCGAUGUCGACCUGGCGAUCUAUUUCCCGGCGGCUUGUGGAGAGGAUGUUGUUGAGUGCCAUCGCCAGCAUUUGCUUGUCGAGUUCAGCAACUGGUCUAAGCAAGCCUAUGAGGCUUCGAAGUUGGCAUAAACGAGUUCAUGUUCUCGUGGGUUGAUGUCCGAGAGCAGCCCACUUUUCGAAUCUAUCUUGACAACUUAGAUUGUUUGUAUAUAAUGCAUCGU